AUGAAGAAAACCAACAUGUGGCUGUUGGAUCGGCUGAGAGGCUCUGGGGAGAAUGGCGCCUCCCGGGGGGCAGACGGGGACCGGUCCUCCAAAGGGCCCCUCUACAGCAAUGUGCUCACCCCAGAUAAGAUUCCUGACUUCUUCAUUCCUCCGAAGCUUACUACAGGGCCAGGGGAGGCAGAGGGGGCAGCUGCCGGCUCCGGCUCCGGCUCCGGCUCGGGCUCCGGCUCCCCACACUUGGGAUCUUCAGCCUCUGAACAAAACUUGGCCUCCGGAGGCAGCGGGCCCCGAAAGGCCCAACGAAGCCCCCGUCUGCCGGCCAAGCUGGCGGCUGAGAGUAAGAACCUGCUGAAGGCAGCCAGCCGCCAUGUGAUCCAGAUCGAGAGUGCUGAGGACUGGCGCCCCGAGGAAGAGGAGGAGGCCGUGGCUACCAAUGCUGACCCCCAGGCCCAGACAGCGAUGUCUUUGCCCUAUGUGCCCAAGGCCCAGACCUCCUACGGCUUUGCCACCCUGAUGGAGAGCCCCCACACCCGACGCAAGGAAUCCCUCUUCCACAGCGAGCACACCGGCCUGGCCCAGGCUGGAUCACCUGGUGCCCUCCGAAGAGCCGGAACCAAGGCCAACGGGGAGGGCACCUCCCGGGCCGAGGCCCUGAUGAGCCCCUACCGGUACUUCAGUGGGGGCGAGAGCGACACGGGCUCUUCAGCUGAGUCGUCCCCCUUUGGGUCGCCCCUGCUCUCCCGCUCCGUGUCCCUGCUCAAGGUCUUUGCCCAGGACGGGCAGGCCAAGGUGAGCCAGCUGAGGCACUCUGUGGGCCGCCACAGCUCCUUGUCCACAGAUGACAGCUCUGCUGAUGUCAGCCCCAGUGCCCGCCGCCGUGCCCGCCGUGCCACCCCAACAGGCCCGGAGGCCAGCGGCGAUGCCUCCUCGACCCCUCGAGGCGAGCACACGGUGCGUCUGGGGAAACGAGGGAGCCUUCGUCUGGCCGCCGAGUAUGACCCGGCCCGGGCCCGCCUUCGGGUGAGGCUUCUGGCUGCCGAAGGCCUCUACGACCGGCUCUUUGACACUCGAAGUAUCAACUGCUGUGUGGGCCUCUGUCUCACCCCAGGGAAGCUUCAGAAGCAGCGGAGUACCAUUAUCAAAAACACUUGGCACCCCAUCUUCAAUGAGGACUUCUUCUUCGAUGGCCUGUGCCCCUCUAGUGCCCGCAAGCUGGCUCUCAAGCUCAAAGUGGUGAACAAGGGUGGCAGCCUGAAGAGGGACACCCUGCUGGGGGAGAAGGAGGUGCCCCUCACGGCCCUGCUGCCUUUCUUGUGA